AUUUGCCAAGUGAAAAUAGAUAGCUCUGGUAUAUUGCUAACAUCAUAUCCAACCAUUCUUGGCAAAUAGAUUACAGGAACAAUAAUGGCAGAUGCCAACAGUUUAAUGUCAUCGCCGGCAACAAACAUCAGCCAAAUUCCAAGCUCAUUUCCAGCUAAGCUGAAUUCCCAGAAACUUCCUACCCACCAUCUCAGUAAUAUUAGAUUUAAAGCAAGUUCCUCGAAAAGGCAUGAUUACUCAUCCCUGAGUGUUAACAAGCAAGACUGUCGGAAUAAUCGACGCCGUCUGGUCACGAUUUCAACCGCAGAUGGGAGAUGGCAUGGAACAUGGAACUGUGAUUACCUUUUGUCUCUCAAGCAACUUAACUUGGAUGACUUGGUUGAAGGUGAUGAACAAAGGGAUGUUCGGGUUUCUAUCAAUCUUUGCAUCCAAAAGCAUGCCAGCUUCGGUCUUUCGGUGGAUGGAAGGAUAAUUACGUCUUUUACCAGAAAAUGUAGCAUCUGUUCUUCCCCCUAUUGCAGACAGAUUGAUACCAACUUCAACGUUUGGGUUCUGGCCUCCAACAAAGACCAUGGUGCAUCUAAUCAACUGCCCGAAAUUGGUGGAGAUGAUCCUUCAGUUAUCUAUGUGAAACCAGGAUAUGAAGCCAACUUGGAUUCACUGAUACAGGAUACAAUCCGGUUAACCACCUCCACCAAGGACAUUUGCUCAGAAUCAUGCCGGAAAUCUGAACCCACCCUGCGUUAUAUUGGUAAAAGAAAUGCAGCUUCCAUCGACAAAAGGUGGUAUAGAUUGUUGGAACUAAGGAAUGCAAGUUUUUAGAUUAUUCGUUGAAUCAUUUACUCUUUAACUCUGUAUCUAUGCCCCCCCCCCCCCUAAAAAAAUUUCAUUUGCUGAAUUUCUAAUUUUGGCAAUUUGUAUAUUUGUAUUAUGUUGUACCACAAUCUUCGUUUGUAUAAAUUUUAAUAUACUAAUUACUCAUA